AUGGCGGAGGAAAACAAAGCUUCGUCGGACACCCUCGAUGGGACCCUUUUGUGUCUCAUGUGCUGUCGCAACUUCUGGACGGACAUUUUGAAGCUGAGCCUCGUGUCUUACUUCUUUUGGGUUGGCCUCAUUUACUUUUUGGGAUCAGUUAUAUUGCUCGCAGGCUACACUUACAGCGCGCCUCGCGUGCACUCUGAAAUCGCCUGCCCGAUGACUUCUUCAGUUUAUGUUUUUGUUGGAUUGUGGCUUUUCCAGUCCCUGAUAUUCUUUUUCACCUGUUGGGCGUAUUCGACAGUCGUCAUAUCCGGAGAAGAGGACCCGGAGAACAGCCUUUUCGAGCAGCUGGGGACUUCGCAGCUGCUGAUUGGCUUCUUCGUAAAGACAGUCCCCACUUGG